GCCAGUGCGGGACCGUGAGCGGAGCCCGCAUUCCCUACCUGCGCAGAGCCGGGUGUUACCUGCCCAACCUGUCGAGGCGCGCGGUGGCGACUGGAGAUCUCAGCUGGGGACAUGGUUCGGAGGGACGUCCGCUUCUGGUAGCCGAUUGAGGAAAGAAUCUUUGGGUGGCCCAGAGAAAGGACAGCCAACUCAAAGCCCAGCUCUUCAGAUCCUGGUGGAUAUACUACCUGCUCUAUAUCAUGGCCCUUCACCCCCGCAGAGUUCGGCUGAAGCCCUGGCUGGUGGCCCAGGUGGAUAGUGGCCUGUACCCUGGGCUCAUCUGGCUGCACAGGGACUCCAAACGCUUCCAGAUUCCCUGGAAACAUGCCACCCGGCAUAGCCCCCAACAGGAGGAGGAAAAUACCAUUUUCAAGGCCUGGGCUGUGGAGACAGGGAAGUACCAGGAAGGGGUGGAUGACCCUGACCCGGCUAAAUGGAAGGCCCAGCUCCGCUGUGCUCUCAACAAGAGCAGGGAAUUCAACCUGAUGUAUGAUGGCACCAAGGAGGUGCCCAUGAAUCCAGUGAAGAUAUAUCAAGUGUGUGACAUCCCCCAGCCCCAGGGCUCCAUCAUUAACCCAGGAUCCACUGGAUCUGCUCCUUGGGAUGAGAAGGAUAAUGAUGUGGAUGAAGAAGAUGAGGAAGAUGAGCUGGAUCAGUCACAGCACCAUGUUCCCAUCCAGGACACCUUUCCCUUCCUGAACAUCAAUGGUUCUCCCAUGGCACCGGCCAGUGUGGGCAACUGUAGUGUAAGCAACUGCAGUGUGGGCAACUGCAGCCCUGAAGCAGUGUGGCCCAAAACGGAACCUCUGGAGAUGGAAGUACCCCAGGCACCUAUACAGCCCUUCUAUAGCUCUCCAGAGCUGUGGAUCAGCUCUCUUCCAAUGACUGACCUGGACAUCAAGUUUCAGUACCGUGGAAAGGAGUAUGUGCAGACCUUGACCGUGAGCAACCCCCAGGGCUGCCGGCUCUUCUAUGGGGAUCUGGGUCCCAUGCCUGACCAGGAGGAGCUCUUUGGUCCUGUCAGUCUGGAGCAGGUCAAGUUCCCAGGUCCGGAGCACAUCACCAAUGAGAAGCAGAAGCUGUUCACCAGCAAGCUGCUAGACGUCAUGGACAGAGGACUGAUCCUGGAGGUCAGCGGUCACGCCAUUUAUGCCAUCAGGCUGUGCCAGUGCAAGGUGUACUGGUCGGGGCCAUGUGCCCCAUCACUUGUUGCUCCCAACCUGAUUGAGAGGCAAAAGAAGGUCAAACUCUUUUGUCUGGAAACAUUCCUUAGUGAUCUCAUUGCCCACCAGAAGGGACAGAUAGAGAAGCAGCCGCCAUUUGAGAUCUACUUAUGCUUUGGAGAAGAAUGGCCAGACGGGAAACCCCCGGAAAGGAAACUCAUCUUGGUUCAGGUUAUUCCGGUGGUGGCUCGAAUGAUCUACGAGAUGUUUUCUGGUGAUUUCACACGAUCCUUUGACAGUGGCAGUGUCCGCCUGCAGAUCUCGACUCCAGACAUCAAAGAUAACAUCGUUGCUCAGCUGAAGCAGCUGUAUCGCAUCCUCCAAACCCAGGAAAGCUGGCAGCCCAUGCAGUCUACCCCCAACAUGCAGCUGCCCCCGGCCCUGCCGGCUCAGUAAUCGAGAAUGCCAUCUUCCUUCUCUUUUUUUACAAUAUUGUACAUAUGGAUAUUUUUUAUUAUUCAGAUUUAACCAGCUUGUAAAACCCCUUUUCUUUCUAACAAUGUUAGUAGUUUCUGACUCUCCAAAUAUGCCUGGUUCUUAAAGUUGAUUUAAUUUAUGGAAAAAUCACCCUUUAUACUUUCCCUUUCUUUUUUAUAAACAUCCCAAUGGUAGUAGAAUUGUAGUAGAAGGAGAUUUGGACACCAGGGUUCUAACGACGGCUUUACUCUCAAUGUACGACCUUGAACCAAGUCAUUUAACCUCUGGGCUUCAGAUUCAUUACUGUCAAAGUGAAGGGGUUGGAAUGAUGCCUGAAAUAAUGCCAGCUUUAAAACUCUGACUCGAUGACCUCAUUCUACUUGUACAAGGCAAAACUGCCUGGAACAGAACCCUUCUGAAUUGUUCUUGUACCACUUUUUUUUUUCUUGCCUUCAUUAAAGUUCCCUCAGCACUGA